AUGUCAGGUUUCCCAUCUCUCCAGCCCGCUUUCACAGUCCGCGUCGACAUCGAUGCGCCGAUGCAAGUUGGAGGCCAGCAUGGCGCACAGCUCGUCAUCGUUCCGAUGGUUUCUGGUACGGUGAAGAGUGAGGAGGGCUUUGAGCCGAAGUUGGAUGGAGAACUACAUGGCGUUGGCUACGACUACAUUCACAAUGAUGCCGACGGCGGAAACAUGCGCUUGGACGUGAGGAGUCAAGUCAAGAACCAUGACGGCACGGUUCUGGCAAUGUAUUAUAAAGGUACUGUGAAGCUCACGCAGGGAGUCGGCAAAGUGCUGUCUGGUGCUCCCGAUGCUAAGACAACCGACUAUGGCGAUUCAUUUGUCAACUUCUCCUUUGAGACGGGGAAUGAGAAAUACAAGGAACUUCAGAAUGGAACCUAUGUUGCUGCAGGCCAUUUCGUAACGGGUGAAGGCAAGCCGGGCGUUGUGGUGGAGUACAAGGUCAGUAAGGUUGUGUACAACGCCAGCCAGGGCAAAAUGGUUACUGUGGGAAUAUCGCGAUCCUCGUACUUACUGACUGUAUCAAAUGCCUGUAUCGGUUCCCCGUUCUCAUGUCUUGACCCUCUUUUGCUAGUGCGUGCUGAACUGCCUUUACCUUGUCUCCUCAAGCCACCUCGCAGGAUCGCUGACAUCUGUGACGCCCAUUGCAAGCUCACCAGUAGGAUGCCUGCGCUAUCGCAGCCUCUGAUGGGUUCGGCAAACCGGUACACUGCGGCCAUGUUUGAUAAGCAUUACGAGGAUGAAAACUAUUUCGGAUUCGAGACGCUUGUUGACCCCAAUACCUACAACAUCCAGGUCAAGGCCUACAUGGACAAGAACCGAUGUCGUCUUCAAGAUUACAUGGUCUUAGUUGGCACAUACCACACUCACUUCGGACGCCAAAAAGUAUGGGCGCGGCCCACGGGCCUGGAGGUUGAGUAUUACCACGGCUUGCCGGAAGCGCUCGAACUUGCACGAGUAGAUGAUCUGUUCGAAAAUCGCAUCUACUACGUCCCGCCGUUCAGCUACAUGUCCACCUCUCAGAACACGCGUAUGAAGAAGGAACGUCUUUACGGUAUGAAGGUAGUUGAGACAGUUGUCAACGCCGUCUUCCUGAAGCAAGGCUGGCUCGUUCACUUCGAGGUCGACUCUGAUACAGAUGCGCUGGAAGCUUUCAAGCAUGCAUGUAUCAACUAUGAGCCGAGGAAGAUGGAGGCUGCAGACAAGGCCAAGGUUAAGAAAGAGAAGGAGGACUUGAAUGAGGAGUAUCAAGCUCGCGCUUGGGGUCGUCAGAACAAUCAUUGGGAUAGGGGAUCAUCUUUCUCCCAUGCCAACGGCCAGGACAGAUACUCUCCAGGAGGACUACCAUCUCCACGCGUCAAGACUGAGCCUACGGAUGAGAACAGCGGUCUUUUCCAAACCCCAGACAUUCCCAAUCGUGGUCCGCAAACCCAAGCUGGUUUCCCCACUCGAAAGGGUGAUACACAAACACCCGGUCUUUCACAUUCUCCUAUACGCCGCCCUCCGGCUCCAACCACUCCACGUCGCCGCCAGCCACCCACAUAUGCUCAGACACAGGCUUACGAGGCUGACCUCCGUACACAACUACAGCAAGCAAACCGUGCUCGCGAACAAGAUCGUACACAGCUACGGCAGGCGGAGGAGAGGAUCAAAGAGCUUGAGGGCAUUCUCAUUGCCAUGGGUGGAUACUAG